AUGUACCAAAUGCAAAGUAUUUUGACAGCAUGUUAUGCUCCAGACACUAAGCUUCCUAAAGACUGGUUUAGGAACCAAAGCACACAAGAACUUUUGAGUGAAAUUUCUCUAGACCGAAUUUUUUCGGUCUUGCAUAAAACUCAUGAAAAUCGUGAAGAACAGCGAGUAGGUAAAAAAACCUGGUCGCCAAAACUCUAUGAAAAUCGUGAAAAAUUGCGACCGGUAGAAAACCGCGGGUCGCCAAAACUCUAUGAAAAUCGUGAAGAACAGCGAGUAGGUAAAAAAACCUGGUCGCCAAAACUCUAUGAAAAUCGUGAAGAACAGCGACCCAGACUUUUUUCGGGGUCGCCUAAAACUCAUGAAAAUCGUGAAGAACAGCGAGUAGGUAAAAAAUCUUACUCGCCUAAAACUCAUGAAAAUCGUGAAAAUUUGCCAAAUGGUUUGAGAGGCUGGUAUGUACAUAGACUUCUUGUAAAUGCUGUUGCAAUGUGGGCUUCACCUCUUCACCUAAAAUAUAUUUUUAUUGAAUUCAGCAACAAAAAUCAUGAAUUUCCUUAA